AUGGGGAACGCACAGGACAAGCCCCCGGGCAGCGGAGCAGAAGGGGGAGGCAGGUCGGAUCAGGCCACCGCAGGGAGCGGGGCGAGAAGCCGGGGAGGAGAAAAGCCUCAGAGUCGGAGCGCUUCAGGGAAGGGGGUGGCCAAUGGCACUCGGAGCGACAACAGCCCUGCUGGUGGACAAGGGGAGCGGAACAGCCCUGCAGUGGACACAAGUUAUCUGGACGCCCCUGCUGGGGCCCUUCCCCCUCACCUGGCCCGGCUCAAGAAUGCAGGGAACCACCUCUUCAAACAUGGCCAGUUUGGGGACGCCUUGGAGAAGUACACACAGGCAAUUGAUGGAUGUGCAGAAGCAGGCAUUGAUAGUCCAGAGGACCUGUGCAUCCUCUACUCCAACAGAGCCGCCUGUUUCCUGAAGGAUGGAAACAGCACAGACUGCAUACAGGACUGUACCAAGGCUUUGGAGCUGCAGCCCUACUCACUGAAGCCGCUGCUGCGCAGAGCGAUGGCCUAUGAGUCACUGGAGCGCUACAGAAAGGCCUACGCGGAUUACAAGACCGUCCUGCAGAUUGACACCGGGGUGCAGGCAGCUCAUGACAGCGUCCACAGGAUCACCAAGAUGCUUAUUGAGCAGGACGGACCCGAGUGGAGAGAAAAGCUUCCAGAGAUUCCCGCCGUCCCUCUGUCGGUCCAGCAGCAACACAGAGACAAACCGGUCAGCGCAGAAGUAGCUCAAGCCCGAGCCGCCAGAGCUGCACAGGAGGAAGCCAGAAGAAUAGACGCUCGAUUUACUUUGCUGAAACGUGAAGGCAACGAUCUGGUCAAGAAAGGCUGCUUCCAGGAGGCUUUGGAGAAGUACAGUGAAUGCCUCACAUUAAAAUCUGACGAAUGUGCUCUCUACACAAACAGAGCCAUUUGCCUCCUAAGAUUGAACCGCUUCGAAGAGGCCAAACAGGACUGUGACACUGCGCUGCAGCUGGAGCCGGGCAACAAGAAAGCCUUCUACAGACGAGCCCUGGCUCAUAAAGGUUUACAGGACUAUCUGUCAGCCAGCAGUGACCUGCAGGAAGUCCUCCAGCUCGACCCGAAGGUUCGGGAGGCCGAGCAGGAGCUGGAGGUGGUGACGAGCCUGCUGAGACAGAGCCUGAUGGACAGCACCACACACACAGCCAGGGUUUGAUGUUUGUGGAGAAAUGUGGAGGCAGAGGAGUGAAACAGGCGUGGACUCUUACUGUCGCAGCCAUGGAGGAAAGGACUCUUAAAGCCAUCGACUGUAGUAAGUAAACGUGUAAAGAUGGAAAUGACUGGCGAUGAGUCCCGGGACGAGCUCCUUGGACGACCAGCUUUUCAGUUCUGCACCAUCUGCAACGUGUGCAAACCACAAAAUAACUUCUGAUACACAACCUUACAUAACAGGCAGCUUUAUUUCAAAAGGCUAAUGUCGAGGUACUCGUGACCUGCUUGCACUAUAAAUCAUUCACAUUAUGACGUAACGUCCUGUACAUACAGAUUCAUGUGACAGGCUGCAGAGCGCUGUUUUCUGGUGGAGUAACACGGGGAAAGUAAGAAUGUAUUAUGUGUGCCUUAUUGAGAUUUCUACCACGGAGAGGAUGAAAUACGCCAAGAUUAAACAUUUUACUUUGAUUUGUUUUAAAAGAAUGUUGUGUUUGGUUCUAAGAUGGUUCACUGAGCUCACAACAAAAGUACAGACACAAACUGAUUCAACUAUGGAAACACAUUUCUGCCAAUGUGAUGAAAAAAAAUUGUCCGCAGUCAUUAUAUUUAGAAACAUUCUCAAAAUUAAGACUUAGUAUCUCAAAAUAAUAAUAAGAUUUCUCUUAAUAUCACAAAAUAAUUAAUUAAUAUAUCAAAAUAAUGACUUCAUAUCUUAAAAUAAUAUCUUAGUAUCGCAAAAUAAUAACUUAGCAUCUCAAAAUAAUAAGAUUUUUCAAAAUAAGGACUUAAUAUCUCAAAAUACUGACGUAGUAUUGCAAAACCAUGACAUUAUAUCUCAAAAUAAUGACAUCGUAUCUUAAAAAUAAUGACUUAGUAUCUCAAAAUAAUAAUAUUGAUCAAAAUAAUGAUAUAGUGUCUCAAAAUAGUGACUUAGUAUCCUAAAAUUAAGACUUAGUAUCUUUAAAAAAUGAUAUAGCAUCUUAAAAUAAUGACUUAGUAACUCAAAAUAAUGACUUAAAAUGACUUGAAUGACGCAUAUCGCAAAAUAACAGAUUUCUUAAAAAUAAUAAUGACUUUUUAUUGCAAAAUCAUGACUUUAUAUCUCAGAAUAAUGACUUAGUUUCUUAAAAUGACUUAAUAUCGCACAAUAAUGAUAUUUCUUAAAAUAAUGACUUAGUAUCUCAAAAUGCAAAAUAAAAUAAUAAAUAAUAAAUUAAAUAAUUUAAAUAAAUAAAAUAAUGUAAUAAUGGGUUAGAAUCCUAUGAAAAAGUCUUUCAUUUAAUUUUUUUUAAGUCAUUAUUUUGAGAUACUAAGUCAACAUUUAAAGGAGGUUUUUUUGGUUAUAACCGCUUGCAGGGCAUUGUUUUUCUCUUUUUCUUUUAUUGGUAGAAAAUGGGCUUCUAUAUUAGUUAAUGUAGAGAAAAGUAACUCCCAGAAAGAUUUAAAAUGUGAAAAAGUCAUUACCUGGUUCUGCAUCCAGGGUUCCAGCUAUGGCAAGAGUUUGUCAUUGUUUACAUGUUUUAUCAGCUGCUACGUGUCUAAAAAAAACAUUUCUACAGCUAAAGAUCCUCUAAAGUAAGGCAUUAAAAGUAUAAUUUAAGAUGGUACAAAAUAAUGAUUUACCACAGUUAAAACGUCCCCUGAGCUCAGUGCUUCAGUCUUCAUUGGUUCAGUAAAUAUCAUGUACUGUAAGACUUACUGUAGGUCUCAGGUUCAACCUUGAAUGUAACCAAGACGACUGCGUGUGUCUUUGUGUGUGAAUAGGUGUACAGUAUUUAUGUUUUUUGGAAAGUCUCGAAUCAGAAAAAUACACAGUUUUAUUAAUGGCUCUAGACUGAACUGUUUGGAUCAGUUCAUAGAAUCACUCGCACCAACAGAAAUCAAACAUACUUUAUAUUUGCAGUACUAGUAGUAGUAGUAUUUGGGUAUUAUAGUUACAGUUACAAUUACAGUUGAUAUGACCCCAAACUAGUUUUUCUUUGGCUUCCCCAUCAACUCAUUGAAGUCUCCUAAAGGAAUAUUUCAACAAAAUGUUUAUUUGUAUAUCAGUUACUCAGCCUGUAUCAACUAAAAUUCUUGAAGAAAAACUUUUGUAUUUCUUGUUUGUACAAAGAAUAAUAACAAAAAAGGAGAAAUGUCCUGAUAUACAGUACUAAACAAAUGUAUUACACCACCUGACAUAAUAACGAAAAAACAUAAAUAUUUAAAAAUCUUUCAAAAGCUUGUUUGGAACUAAAAUGUUAUUUAUUUGGCAAAUGAGAAAGUGAAUUCACCUUUUUAUACCCAAAUCUGAGCUCUCAGAGAAGUCAGAAACUAAUCAAGCAGAACAUUCAACCACUAAAACUAAUUUUUCUGUUAAGGAUGGAAGUAAAUAACUGUAAUUUGACAUUUUAAUGAAGGAAUGAUAAUGUGCAUUGUGUUCAUGUUUACAGUUUUUUGUAAAACAGUAAAUUAGAAAAUUCAUGGAUAAUAAUAAUAAUAAUAAUUUUUUAGCAUUAAAAAUACCAUUUCGGUUAAAGAGCUUCUACAUACUGGUGUAUUAACCAUUCUAGAAACAUAAAAAAUGAUUUUGGUAUUACUAAUGCUGUUAAUUUAGGACAACUGUGGCUUAAACCGGUAGUCUAAUAAAUUUGUUAAGCACUGUUUAUAUUAUCCUUUUACAAACUCUCACACAUCUCACUUAUCCGGUCUUAUUGUUGCCUGCACAAGCAUUAGACAGUUUACAUAGAAAGGUUUUUUAAAUAGUAAGGUUUUAACAAAAAUGCAUGUGUUUGGGAAGUGGUGAGCAUCCAACUGGAUAAAUAACACAUUAUUAUUAUUAUACUGCACAACUUAGCUAAUACAUACUCCCCAAGAACAGAGAAAUUUGUUUCCUCAAGGUGGCAAGAACAUGAACAAAGUUAGUUCUGGCCAGGACAUUUCAUACUUCACGAGUAGUGAAGCACAAGUCAAAUUCAAGUUUCUGACCAAUCACACAGUAGUUCUGCCCAGAAGAUGUGUCAAGAUCAU